AAUACACGCCGCCGGAAGAGGUUGUCAUCUGAUGAGGUUCACGUAAGCGGCGCAGUUCUUUCACAAAAAUGUAUUCUAAUGAUUUAAUUAUCAUUUAUCUUCACAAGAACAACACAGCCACUUAAAAAUGUACAGUUAACUUCAUGUUCACUAGCUGAAAUAACCAUGGAUGCUUUCAUUCCUUAAAACUGAUAUCUGAAUGACGAGAUUCAAUUAGGAAAUGUCAUAAAAUAUUGACACUUUUUCAUUUCUUUAGCAUAACUCCUGAAAGGGUGGCCGCAAGAAUCCAUCCCAGGGCUCACUGAUGGGUGGGAGGGGUAUUUAACAGCCACACAUUGUAGUCUUCUCAACUAUUCGAGGGGAGCUCACAGCUAUGAAUGGAUCAGACGAGGAGAUUCCAGAUGAGGAAUAUGCGGCCGAGUUUUACAGAGCACAAAGGAUUCAUGUGGAUGCCCUUCUUGACAUAAGUGAGGAAGCCUUUUUGAAAGAAGUGGAGCCAUAUGAGUAUCACUGCUAUCCUGGUUGGGAAGAGGCUGUGUGUGGCUGGGACAGAGUGGCUCCAAUCAGUGGCAUUCUUCUUCCUCAAAAAAGAGACAAGAAACCAAAGCCACGCAAGGAAACAGACAACCCAGCACCCUUGCACGUCGUCGAACCAACAACCUCUUGCGGCGACACCUUAGCCAGCGGCGGUGAACACUGCAGUGAGUCCCACACAACCCCUCAUAAUUUGAAGAAACCCACGCCACCCAGCCAGAGGUUGCAGCCAGAGUCCCCGGAGUGCCUCGCACCGGAUGGCGUGGACGAAGACACGUCACACCUCGUACACGAAGAGAAAGCCCCUCAAAGUGGGACUCCUUUGCAAAGUGGGACUCCUUUGCAACUUCAACAUUUGCCUCAAAACACGUCAAAGAGCAGCAGGUCGUCAAAGUCCUCAAAACGCCACCAGACUAAAAGUACAGUGGUUCCCAUUACAAACUUUACAUUUUUACCUCCUAUUAAAUGAAAGCCAAAUUUUGGCUCCCCAUGACAGAUUAAUAACCCUGCAGGGACAUGACAGACAAUUGUAAAAGACAUGUAGAUGAGUACAUCCGCAAUGUUGCCAUUUGUUUUUAUCAUAUAAAAGUUAAUGCAUAAUUCCCUGAGUGCACUCUAAUUUUAGGCAACAUCAGCAAAGCUGACAGCAAAAGUAAACCUACUGCCACAUCUCAAUGUUGUGUAUAGCAUUACAGUUGAAAACUAGUCUCAGUUUAUGUUAAUGAAGUAUAUUGUUCUACUUUUUACAUAUUCUACACAAGACCAAUCAAAGAAGCAUAUUGAAAAAAACACGAUAUGUUCCAGCAGUUUAUUAAGAACCUCUGGUUAACGUCGUUGCCCUUAGAUCAAGCAAACAUUUGUUUCUACCAUCAUACUUAAAAGCAUUUUGUGCUAGAAAAACCAUGCAUGAUCUUAAAACAAUUGUGUUCCAAGCCAACAAUGUAUCCACAGUUGCAAUCAGAAGUAUGCAUUCGCGUACCAUUGGCAUGUAAGAAUCAUAAUUUUUUGGGGGCCUUAGAUACAAACCAUUCUUUUCUAGAGUUGAUUAUACAAUGUACAUAUUCAAUUAAACAAUUGGGUGGACAAGUUUGAAUUUAUUUUGCAUUUCCUGUAGUCUACAUCAGGUUAUUAUACAUAGAGGCUCAAAUAUCUCCACUUACCUAUAUCUUUGAAUUGAUAUGUGGUGCAAAAAGUUUUACACUAUAAACUUGAUAAGGUCGAGCCAUAUUCUCUUUACUGAUCAUGUUUGGAGUGUGUGGACGUAUAUAUUGUAUGUCAACAACUCUAAAUGUAAAAAUACCUGCUUAAUGUUUUUCUUCUGCAAGAAACACACGGGAACUCAACUUUGAAAAAACAGAAAGUUCCAAUAUACACCUGACCAACACAUGUGGAAAUGUGAUACAGAAAAUAAUAUAUUUUCACAUUGUAAUGUGUAAGCUAUUGUAAAGAAACAAUAUGCGGAAUAUCAUGCAACUUCAAUAAAAAUA